AUGUUCUAUUCAAACCAGUAUCAGAAAUUUGUACAGAAGUUGGAAGAGUGUGCAUUACAAAAAUCUGAUACAAAGGAUCCAACUACAACACUGAAACAUUUGGUUCUUGAUGGCACUGGUUUUGUAACUGAUCGUGUUGGUAUGUAUUCUCAAACAUUCAUCCUAAAUCGAUUUUUCGACUCAAAGGUCUACCCACUGCUUUUCGAUAUGGCAGAUUCUGAUACUGUUUCUAAACGGAACGAAACAAUAUCAAAGAAUAUUGAUCCUUUCUCUUCCGUUGUAACUGCUGAACCUUAUUUGCAGUUUUCCUUGAGACCAUGGACAGGGUUUAACAAACCUACUUAUCCACAUUUAAAUGGUGAUGAAUUUGUGUCACAAAUUUUUGAUCCGGUUUAUAUGAGUUUACAAGAAGCAGAAGAACAAUUUGUUAAAAUGAGAGAAUCCAUUGAAUCUAACAAACCACCAGCUCAUAGAUUAGCAUCAGAGGCGUAUCCUGAAAUCACAUUUCUUGGCACUGCAUCUUCCUCUCCUAACAAAUAUCGUAAUAUCAGUUGUAUUCUUAUGCAACUAGAUCCAGAUAACUACAUAAUGUUGGAUUGUGGAGAAGGUUCUUUAAGUCAACUAUACGCACUACAUGGUGUGGAAAAAGGAAAUAAUAUUUUGCGCAAACUUCGAUUAAUUCUUGUUACUCAUAUGCACGCUGAUCAUCAUGGUGGUGUCUUCACAGUAGCUCUAGUUCGUUCCAGUCUACUUAAAUCAGAUGGUAUUGACCAAUCCAAUUGUUUAUUACCUGUCCUUGCUCCAUCAGGAUUCUAUCAUUGGUUAGUUAAUUUCAAUGAACUUUUCCAUAAUGACCAAAUUGUUGCCCCAUUCAUCAUACAAAUUCUUUACGAUGAACAUGAUAAGAAUUCAAAUCCUUCAUGCACAUUAAACAUGAAACGAAAAGAGACGGAAAAUUGGUUAAAAUUAUUAGAGCAGCUUGAUAUUAAUAUCCGACCGGUCAAGGUUCCACACACACGUUCAUCAUGGGCGUUUAUUAUUGAUAAACCUUAUCCAUUCAAAAAUUUAAUAAACAGUAAAAAUAUUGCCGGAAAUUGUUCUGAAACACAACGAAAAUGGUCUAUUGUGUAUUCUGGUGAUACUCCUCCAUGUCCUGAACUUGUGAAAGCUGGAAAAAAUUGUGAUUUACUCAUACACGAAGCUACUGUAAAUGAUGAAUAUGUAGAUUUAGCAUUCAAAGCAAAGCACAGCACAACGGGUCAAGCUAUUCAAGCUGGACGUGAUAUGAAUGCUUCAUUCAUUCUAUUGAAUCAUUUUAGUCAACGAUAUGGACGUGUACCACCAAUAGAUGAAUUUAAGCCAAAUGUGGCCGCAUCUUUUGAUUUUAUGACGGUGAAAUUUUGUGAUUUACCACGAUUACCCUACUAUAUUCCAUAUUAUCAGUAUGCAUUCGCUAAACAUUGGACCAUGGCUCGAACUAGAGCAGAUUCCUAUACAUAUCGUAAACUUCGUGAAGCUGAUGAAUUGUCUGAAAGUGGAGAUGUUCAUUGUGCAAAAACUGAUGAUGAUAUUGACGAUGAUAAUCGUUUAUUGAAUGAACAAAAUGUGAAAGGACAAAUUGGAGAAAAACGAACAUAACAGCAUAUUAUUUGAUUCCUGGUUGUUUCGUCGAG